AUGAACGUUUCAAACGAUACGAUCAUGGACGUUUCAAACAAUCAUUGUUACAACGUUUCAAUACAUUAUGGCCAUGCGAUUAAACUUACAGAAGACAUAACACGACUUCGCCCAUCCCCAUGGCCAACCACAAGUUGGUCGCACCCAACCAUACCAGGAAGGACGCUAGGUUACCUUAUACACACUAGUUCAUCAAGGUUACAGACACCAAUCCAGUCAAGUACAGCCAUGGCGCCUACACGAUCCAGUUCACCAAAGGCCCAUGACUCACCUCCUCCCCCGGCGCCUGGACCUCGCCGAGGAAAUCGACUCAGAAAGCCGAGAUCCACGGGGAUUGUGCAACGCCAAGUCGGUGUAACAGACCCACAAGAAAACUCUCACUCUGAGGAUUCCGCGCCAUCACAAAGCGAAGGUACAGACUCCGACGACUCACACUCCAAAAGUCGUGACAGCAAAGAAGGUAACGCCUCCAAAAUUUCACCCUGA